AUGCGACGUAGUCUGACUCCCCCGGCCUCGUCGCCUUACCGCGCUCUGGCGCACCACCACGCACAGCACGGCACCUCGCAGACGGGGCAGCAGUCGCGUGACUCGGUCUCGUCUGUCCUGAGAACUUUCAAUGUCGAGACGAACCCGACGCGACCUGUGCGGCCCUCGCCGCUGACUGCUUCGACCAUCCCAGACAUGCCCCUCGAUCUGGUUGACCGGAUCAGAUCGUUUCCGCUCUUCAUGUCUGCUCCCGACGACUUCCUCGCUGCCAUCGGCGCCCACCUGAGGCCACAGAUCCACUGCGCACACGACCACAUACUCACGGAAGGGGACGAGGCGAAGGCCAUGUAUUGGCUGGUCCGCGGCAUAGUCGCCGUCACGUCGCGCGAUGGCGAGGCCGUUUACGCCGAGCUCAAGCCGGGCGCCUUUUUUGGCGAGAUCGGCGUUCUCAUGGACAUGCCCAGGACGGCUACGAUCGUGGCCAGGACCAAGUGUUUACUGGUCGUGCUGAAGAAGGAGGACCUGCAGGCGGAGCUACCCAAGUACCCGGAUAUGGAAAAGGCCAUCCGCCAGGAAGCACAGGAGAGGCUGGCCAUCCUCCAAAAAAAACGCCAGGAGGGAGCACAGAUUAGCCAUCUGCCGCAGACGAGCGCCGCAAUGCUCGCGCGCGACUCAGUACCCGGCGAGGUGAGCACUGGAGACGUUGGACUCAUCACGGAGGGUGCAGUAGUGAACAACAAGAAACGCAAGUCGCCCAGCCCGGGCGUGGUCGAGGAUCCGGCCAUCAGCGGAAGCGCCCUCGGCAGUGCCUAUGUCAAUGUCCGCAAGACACUCAAGGAACUGCCAUUAUUUGCGACCCUGCCCUCCGAUAUCCUCCAUUUCCUCGGCUUGAGCGCGCAGCCCAAGUCGUAUCCUCCUUUUACCGAUAUCGUGCGUCAGGGCACCCCCGGUAACGACAUUUACUUUAUCGUGCGCGGCGAGGCUGAGGUGCUGCAAGAGCCGCUGAGUCCCACCUUGAAGCGGACGGCAAGAACAACCUACUCUCGCCCGAGACUAAAACAGGGGCAGUACUUUGGAGAAGUGGCGAGCCUCGGUCUGUCAGAAUGGCGGACAGCCACGGUGCGAUCGGUUACGGACGCGGAGUGCCUCAUGAUUCCCGGAGAUGUCCUGGACGAGCUAUGGCGGAGGUGUCCGCCGGAGAUCAAAUCCCAGGUGGAGGAGACGGCCAAGGAGCGGUUCCGUUCGGAGGACGUUGAGAUGAACGAUGUUGGACUGAGCGUGGAGCAGCAGACCGCGCCAACACUCACGUUCACCGUCCCCUCGAAGCCUGUCUCGCCGACGGACGAGGCGGAUACACGCCGGCCCUCAGACCCCGACCCGUUCUUGAGCGUGGACAUGGAAAAUCUGCGCAGCCGACGGCGCAAUUCCCUCGCUCCUCCAACCCCGCAAACCGACUCGAAUGUCAUUGUCAACGGCAUCAAGGUGACCCCGGUUACACCGGCCCCUCCGCUGCUGUCGCUGAUCUCGAUCGACGACUCUCCCCUGCCCACCAAACGCGCCCGCAUUGUUCCCAAUGUAGGGAAAGAGAGGCCAGCGUUUCCAGACACCGUGUGGAUUGCUGUGUUCCAGCAGCUCGACCUCCUCGAGCUCAUCCGGCUGAGAAUUGUCUGCAGGAAGUGGCGCCAUCUGCUAACCACUAGCCCCGAGCUGUGCACACACAUCAACCUGGGCCCGUUUAACCGCAUGGUGAAUGACUGGUCCGUGACCAACAUCCUGGCCCCGUUCAUCGGCGGCCGCCCCGUCGAGAUGGACAUCACCAACUGCUUCCACAUCACUGACGAAGGCUUCCAAGCUCUUUGGAAAUCGUGCGGCAAGAAUGUCAAGAUCUGGCGCAUGCGCAGCGUCUGGGACGUGUCAGCCGCGCAGAUUCUCGAAAUGUCCGAGUGCGCAAAGGGCCUCGAAGAGGUCGAUUGGAGCAACUGCCGCAAGGUCGGCGACAACCUGCUGGCCAGGGUCGUAGGCUGGGUCGUGCCCAACCCGCCGCCGACCGUCGCCAAAAACGUCGUCAUCGCCAGUUCCGCCAAGAAACCCCGUCGACAACAACCAACCCAUCGCCCGCCGCCGUCCGGAGGACCGCCUCCAAACCAACUUUCACCCCCGCCGCCAGGCACCGUCAUCGGCUGCCCCAACCUUCGCCGCCUGAACCUGUCCUAUUGCAAGCACAUCACCGACCGCUCCAUGGCCCACCUCGCCGCCCACGCUUCCCCGCGCCUGCAGGCCCUGAGCCUGACCCGCUGCACGUCGGUCACGGACGCCGGGUUCCAGACCUGGGCCGCCUACCGCUUCACGUCCCUCACGCAUUUGACGCUGGCAGAUUGCACAUACCUCUCGGACGCGUCCAUCGUGGCGCUGGUCAGCGCCGCCAAGAACCUGACGCAUCUGGAUCUGAGCUUUUGUUGUGCGCUCUCGGAUACGGCGACCGAGGUGGUGAGUCUUGGGCUGCCGUUGCUGAGGGAACUGAGGAUGGCGUUUUGCGGGAGUGCGGUGAGUGAUGCUAGUUUGGGGUGUGUGGCGCUGCAUUUGAAUGAACUCAGGGGUUUGAGUGUGCGCGGGUGUGUCAGGGUGACGGGGAAUGGGGUUGAAAAUGUGCUGGAGGGGUGUUCGAGGCUCGAGUGGCUUGACGUGAGCCAGUGCAAGAACCUUGGUGGGUGGUUGGUUGGUGGCGGGAUGGAGAGGUGGGGGUAUGAUGAGAGGGGACAGGGUGGGGAAGCGGCGCAGGGCGCAUGGGCAGUUGAGGCUGGCUCGGCUGGAGCGAGGGCUACGAUGGCGCAGGUGCAGGUGCGGCCGCAGGCGCUGGCGCAGGGCGGCCUGCUCCGCGGAGGUGCUAAGAAGGCGAUGCCUGGCAUCAAGCCGCUGGGGCCGGGACCUGUGAUGCGGCCCGUCAUACCGCCUAAGGGGGCUCCGGUGCGGCGGAUAAGGAAGCCGGUGCGGUUUGUGGUGGAAAAGGGGCCCGGCGGGUUGCGAUGA